AUGGUCCUCCACACCUCUCCCUACUCUAGUGUCUUCCUACGGUGCCUCAGCAGCCUGUCAUGGGGCUUCAUCUUCCCCUGCUACUGGCUGCUGGACCGCCUGCUGGCCUCCUGCGUGGCAACCUCUCUGGAGAAGCGCCGGCGCUCCCAGGACCCCUGCUCCUUUGUGACGCUGUAUGUGCUGGUGUCCACCCCGCUCUACCUGCUGCUCCUCCUGGCCUCGCUGCCCUUCGCUCUGCUGGGCUUCCUGCUGUGGGCUCCCCUGCAGGCGGCCCGCCAUCCCUAUCUCUACACCCACCGCUGCCCAGACAAGCACCAGGCCGAGCAGGGGGGUGUGGCGUCACUGGCCAACUGGAGGCCGCAGGGCCGCAGCUUCUGCUUUGGCAGUUCCAAUGCGUGCCUAUUGCCAGACUCCCUGGCACGCUUCAACAACCUGUCUGAGACCCAGCGCCGUGCACGCGAGGUGGGCAAGCGCAUCCGUAACGGGGCCAGCCGGCCGCAGAUCAAGAUAUACAUUGACUCCCCCACCAACACCUCCAUCAGUGCCACCUCCUUCAGCAGCCUGGUCACAGGGUUCCGACGCACAUCCUCACUGGGUCAGCGGCCCGACAACACAGUCGAGGCCGAGACCGAACCCUUAACUGCCUGCCCAAUACACACUGCAGGUGCAGACUGCCCAAUACACACCACAGGUCCAAACUGCCCCAUACACACUGCAGGUGCUGACUGCUCCAUACACUCAACAGGGGACCAGGUCUCCGCAGAUUGUCCCGUCCAUGUAGCUGGUGGAGAGAACACACCAGAGUGCCCCCUUCACACUGCUGGUGCCCAGAACAGCUCUGACUGCCCAGGGCACACCACAGGGGCCCAGAACUCCCCAGACUGCCCCAUGCACACCUCGGGGGUCCAGAUCAGUAUCAGUGCCCCAGAGCCAGACCCCCCAGAGGCCGGGACAGGGAAUCACCAAAGAGAAGGUGAUGCAGAGAGUCUGACAGGGGGGGUGCCUUCUAACAACACCCUGUCCCACCGCACCUCCGUGUUCAAGAAGCACACCGGUCGCAAGCGGCGCCAAGGCGACGACGGAUUCGACCACGAGAUCUCUGCCUUCUUCCCUGCCAACCUGGACUUCCUGUGUCUGCAGGAAGUGUUUGACCACCGGGCCACGUCCAGGCUGAGGCGACAGCUGCACCACUACUUCCCCUACAUCCUGAGUGAUGUGGGCCGCUACGCCUGGAAGGGCUGCUGCUCCCGCUUCAAGUUCCUGAACAGCGGCGUCAUGCUGGCCAGCCGCUAUCCCAUACUGGAUGCCCACUAUGAGUGCUACCACAACGGGCGAGGGGAAGACGCCCUCGCAGCCAAAGGAGCCCUCUUUGUCAAGGUGAGGUGUUUUUUCUCUGUCUUUCCUAAUGAUAGCAUUGGCAAGUGCUGUAAAUAA